AUGGAGCAUGAUGGUGUGGAAUCCGAAGAAAAACGACUGAACAAUUUGAAGGCCGUGUUUGUGAACGAUCCGAAACUUUCGGAUCUGAAACACCUGUUAUCAUCGAAUGGAUUUCGGGCAGAAUUCAGUUCUGGUGUGUUGUAUGUCAACAAUGUUGCUAGCAUCCGACGUAACGAAGCUGGACGUUUUCACGUGGAAGGCUGCGCUAGUGAAGACUAUUAUAAAAUACGGGAUAUUGUCUAUGCACAGUUUGCUGUUGUGUAA